CAGCGCUGUGAGCCUGGUGCCCAUGGGGCAGAUAGUUCCCACGGGACGGGUUGUCACAGAUUAGGUCUAUAAGGAAGUACGCGCCGCCACCGGAAGUUUGUGAUUCAAAGAAAGGUGAGGAUAGGGUUGGUGGUGAGCUGAGGUCGUAUUGGAUGGGUUUAGAUGUUAAGGUCAAGAGAGAUUUUAUGAAAGUGAGCGUUGAGAGGGUUAGAAGGUUUGUCAAGGGAGUACAUAAAAGCAAGGGAGUGGAUGUUUUGAAACACGUUAUGGCCAUUGCCAGGGAACACAAGAAAUGGAGAGUCUGGGUGUGUCGAACUAAAUGUGAUAAGGUGUGCUUUAGUGCUGAAGAAUGCAGGACUCAUCUUGAAGAGAAACACGCUGCGAAUAUGGAAAAGGAUGUGGUCAUGAGGAUAGGGAUAAACUGGGCUUAUAAGAUACAGCAUGGGAGAUGGGAGCCAGUGGAUACAGUAGCUGCUGUUGAAAUGAUCAAAACUCAGCUGGAAGAUGUGGAAGCGUUUACAACUAAAUCUAGGAAGAAGGGAUGGUCAGACCAAUGGCCUUUAGCCACUGCAGAUGAAGGGCGGAGUGAUUUACUCAAGGAAGUCAAGUUACUCCUUGUGUCACUCUGUGAGCAUCAGAUUCUCUCCUGCAGCAUUCGAGACUGGGUGAUGAGUUUUCCUGUUAAGCAUCUUAAAAAACUCGAAGUUUCAGAAGAGAGUCUUAAAGAUUGUCGCAUAGUGGAAACACCACAGAGCAUAUGUUUUCUGGAACGUGAAGAGCUCAAACAAAUCCGAGGUUUUCUAAAGAAGAUCAAGUGUGAAAGGCAUGAUGGUACAGAUCUGGUUGGCAGAGCAGUGGACAGUCUUUUGGAUCGCAUUCGUAUUAAAGAGAGUAUUGAAUUUAACGAGAAGUUUUCAUUGCUGCUUCUGGAUAAAAUACUGUUGAAAAGCAAUAAUGCUCUAUCUGAUGAUGAUGAUUAUGAAGGGAAAAUUAAACUAAUCAAGGAUCCCGAUGUUCACUACGCCAAGGCACAGGCUCAGGGAGAUGAUAUCAUAUCCUGGUUAGGUGACCACUCUUCAGUAGAUAAGAGCUUUCCUGUACCUAUCAGGGAACACAAUCUUGUAAUCUGGGUGGCUGUUCUGAGAGCUCUUCAGUACACAUGUAAAACACUGGGAACCAAAUAUGCAAAGAAAGAGCAUGUCUUGGAGUACGAAGCAGCUCUUCUUGUCGUGGAGAACUUGUGUGAUGAAAGAAGAAAGACUGUUCAGGAAAAUCAGUGGAACAGCUAUGCAUCUCUUCUCUGCGAUAGAUUCGAAGAUAGAGUCCACGAAAAUCCCCUCACUGCAAAACUAUUCUUGUGUGCAGUACGAGAUGUUUUCGAGGGAGGAUUGCAUCUGACAUUUGAUAUUGCCGACUUAGAAGAUUGCAUGAAUCUUAUACGCGAGCGUAGUAAAAGUCUCAGUAAUGAUAAAGUGUUGAAGUCCAUAGAACUUCUGAAAUCAAUGGUUACCGAAAAGGUUCUGCGGAUCGAUGCAAAGAUAUUGCUGACUGAUAAUUCAAGGAUUAGAUUGUUGGACAAGCUCACAAGGCUUUCUGCUUAUGACAACCGCUCUUAUAUGCUUUAUUUUCUGAAACCUUUCUUGCUGAAUGAAAUUGUAAUUAUGAAGUCCAAAGUCAAGUCAGAUGCAGCAGAAGCAGAUCUUUUACUCAAAGAGGGGAAGAAGUCACUCAAAGAGGAGAAUAAGUCACAGGCCAAAAAGACGAGAAAAGAUAAAAACAUUAAGAUAAAUUCAACGAGCGUGGUUACUCCUGUUGAUAAGACUGUUGAACAUGAAUCUUCUGUCAAACUUGAACCGGAAGAACAUUCUAAGGAACCGGAAAGAGGUGGAUUGGAAACUUCAUCCAACACUGACAUUCAAGUGGAAGCUACUGCAGUUGACUGUGACGAUAUGCAGUUGGAGCCAGCCCUUGAAGGAGCCGCAGCCAGAUACAAUUCAGCUCUUGACAUGACGCUAAAGAACGAAAUUGUAAAUAUGGAAUUCAAUGCCAAGUCAGAUGCAGCAGAAGCAGAUCUUCAUGGGCAACAGAUAACUUCAACAAUAAGUGUCGUUGAACUCAAACCUUCUGUCGAUCUUCAACCAGCAAAAACGAUGGAAGAAGAUUCCAUGGAAACAAAAGAUACUCUAGGAAGCGAAAAGGGUCCAUUGGAAACUUCAUCCAACAAUGACAUUCAAGAGGAAGCUAAUAAAGUCAACAGUGGUGAUAUGCAAAACAUGCCUGGAGAAGAUUCAGUCUCUGGAAAUUUGGAGUCAGCACUUGGAGGAGCUGCAACUAGAUAUAACUCAGCUCUUGACAUGACGCUAAAGGCCCUCGUGAACGUAAACGUUCUUAAAGAACAAGUUGUAAAGUACAAUAAACAACCAGUCCCUGACAACCUAGGAGAACAAGUUCUAUGUGCGCUACAAAGUUUAUUUACCUCUGUUGUGUCAGAGGAAAUAAAAACUGAGGGAGCCUACACUCUCAUCUUGAGAGACUUACUCGUGUCCCUAGAAGAAGUUGAUUCCAUGUCGAGUGGUGCUGCUGAGGUACUUGUAACCAUCCUUGAGUCUUGGCAUUGCUGGAAAAAUUCAGAAAGAGAUAGCUUGGUGGAUCGGCUUUUCACGUUGGAGGAAAAUGAAAGAAUGAGUUGUAGAAAAUGCGGAAGGAGGCCAAAUUAUCCAGAGCAGAGUUCUUACGGCAUUGUUGUGGCUUCAGAUUCAAUCAGAAACGUGAAUUGUGCUUUUGGGGAUAUAAAGUUUGUGGAUAUCCUUAAGGUUACCCGCAUGGAAUAUAAAAUGUUAUGUGACAUUAAAACUGGAGGUUGUGGAACGACAAACUUUGUUCAUCACGUUAUAAGUAGAUGCCCGCCUAUCUUCAUAAUCGUGUUAGAAUGGGAGAAGAGUGAAACUGAAAAGGAAAUUUCUGAAACAACAAAAGCUCUGGAGUGGGAGAUAGAUAUCAGCAGGCUGUACGAAGGCUUAGAACCAAACACUAACUACCGUCUUGUGUCAAUGGUUGGUUAUGGUGACGAAGACGAAGAACACAUAUGCAUGGCUUAUGAAAAGAACCAGUGGGUGAAUCUCAGACGUGAGUCUUUAGCAGGAGAGGUCGUUGGCAACAACUGGAAGAAUGUGGUCACGUUCUGUGGAGAAAGGAAAGUUCGACCAGUGAUUCUGCUUUACGAAGCUGUCUGAUCCAUGAUGGCCUAACAAGUGCGGAAGUUGUUCUGUUUCUGUUUCAAUUGCAGAGGAGUUAUGUUUCUGUUUCAUAUUAUGGUCAAUGAUGAAACCCAUUUUGUAGCCACAUUAACGAUAAUCUCAUAAACAAAUUGAAGGAUUUUUACUAAGAGAAGA